AUGGCCCCGCCGCCGCUCCGGGAAAGUUUGCGGAGCCGGAGCCGCCGCCUCCCGCCGCUCCCGGGCUCCGCCUCGCGAUCCCGAUCCCGGUCCCGGCCCCGGGCGAGGGCGCGCCGCGCGCUCCCGCCGCCCCCGCGCGCUCCCGCCGCCCCGGACCAGGAUAGACCCCCCCGACCCCCCCCCCCACCUUCCAACCUCCCGGAGCACCGGGCACCUCCCGCCCCGGACCCCCCUUCCCCCGGGAAUCACCGCCGUCCGUCCCCCGGGAGCACCGGGAACCCCCCCGUUCCCCCUUCCCAUCCCCGGGACCAGCGGGUGCCCCCCGCCCCAGGCUCCCCCUCUCCACUCCCCGGGAGCGCUGGGGACCCCCCGGCUCCGAUCCCCCUUUCCAGCCCCUCGGAGCAGCAGGAACGCCUCAGCCCGGACUCCCCUGCAGUCCAUCCCCCGCCGCGCUUCCCAUCCCGGAGUGCCCCGUUCCCUUCCCUGGGGAGCACCGGGGACUCCCGAGCCCCGGGGCGCUCCUGUCCCGGGGUGGGGACCCCCACACACGGGGACCCCAUCCGAACCCCCCGGCCGCGCAGAGCCAGGCACGGCACCAGGAGCAGCCGGGAUGGGGGGCCAGGACGUGACCCCCGCAUGGGGCAGAUCCUGCCCCCCACGUACCCCUGGGUCACCCCGGCCCGUGCUUCCACAUGGGCCGCCGCGAGGGAGGAGCCCCCAGAGAAGGGGACUCUCGGCGUUGGGGUCCCGCCUGCCACGGGGGCAGGAAUGGGGACCCAGCACAUCACCGUCACCUCAGGCCAGGCCGCCACCGGGACCUCAUCCCACGGCCGCUGCCGGGGGUCCCGCAUGGCCGGGACCACUCAGUCCCUCAGGCCGCGCUGCCCCCGGGCCCUGAACUGGCCGCGAGCCCCGCAGGACACCGGAGGGUCCCCGCAGGACACCGGAGGGUCCCCGCAGGACACCGGAGGGUCCCCGCAGUGCCCCGGGACCCCCGGGCCCCAUGGGGGGAUAUAUCCCAUGAUCCUCUGCAGAGCGCGCCUGAGGGGGGAUAUAUCCCAUGAUCCUCUGCAGACAGUGACUGAGGGGGGAUAUAUCCCAUGA